AGGAAGCUGCUCGCCAGACUCUUUUCGCGAAAAUAUGUCCUAGCAAUGUCAUUCUCUGAGAGAUUCGUUUUCACGGCGUCCUUGGUUAACUCUUUCGUGGACUGUCGUCCAAAGGAGCCCCCCUCUGUCGCCCACCCUGACCCGGACCGCAGAGUCCAACAUAACUGGUGUUCCGUGCCAAACACGGCCAUACCCGGGACAAUGAACCAGCACCAGCCGUUGCAGCCGCAAGAAGCUAUGGCUCAGCCUCGAUACCAAUACCACCAGGGAAUACUGAACUGGGACGAGCCACACUUGAGCCCGGUCCGAGUGCCGCAGGUCAGUGCUUGCCCUUACAGCGCGUCAAACAGAAAAGACGACUCCUCCUAUUUGCUGCUGGAACCGGACAACUACUCAAAACCGUCACCGGACGUGUCUGCCUUCACCAGACUAAUGUCAGAGAUGGGCUCCAUGACGGGUGGUUCUGGUCCAAUUCAGGGCUACUUCCGCCCGGAGCAGUCAUACUCCGGGUUCAAAGUCCAGGAGUACAACAACAGCGUGCACGGCUUGCACACGACCAAUCCACCGCGCACUCCCCACUCAGUCUCGAGCCAUUUGUACCACUUGAGCUUCCCGGUGCUGCCAUAUCCAGACACUGACAUCAAGCGCGUUAUUGAUGACUUAGCGUUGGGCAGCAGUGAGUGUCCAGCCCAGAGAAGCGACAGCAGCAGCAUCACCCUGGCCAGCAGUCAGACCAACACGGAAGACUUAGUCAUAGGUUUACGGCGAGACAAGCCCCCAUCAGACUUACCCAAGGGCGAUAAAGGUCCCAGACAGGAGUCGCAAGAGGAUGCAACAUUCGAAAAUGAUGCAACCUGUGGAUGGCUGUGGGCGAAGGCGGGGAGGAAGAAGCGCUGUCCUUACACCAAAUACCAAACACUGGAGCUGGAAAAGGAGUUCCUCUUCAACAUGUAUCUGACUCGCGAUCGCCGCCUGGAGAUCGCUCGCAGUGUCAACCUCACUGACCGUCAAGUCAAAAUCUGGUUCCAGAACCGCCGCAUGAAGAUGAAGAAGAUGACACGGGAACACAGAACCAGGGACUCGGUCACACAUUUCCCAAUCUGAUUCCUCUCAAACAUGGUGUGCAGAGACAGGCCUACAUGUACGUGACACGAGAUGACGCAACGUCAAUAAUAGGAUGGACCAUAUACUGAAGGAUGUGGUAGAGGCCCUGAUCUGAAGGGUAACCUGGAUGAAAGUACUAUCUAUGUCCUAUACACUUUGCAUGAGGAUGUGGUGGCUGUUACCGGUUACACUUGCGUUUUUCCACGAAGGAGACAUAUCGGCGAAGCUUUUUCUUUCUCCAUACCCCUGUCCCGCAACACCCUUCAUAAAAGCACUUUAUUUGAUUAUUGUCUUGUAGUUGUUUGUUGAUAGCUCAAUAGAAUGAUUGCAACGUUGCUUAAUUUGUAUUUUUGCCAGACAUAGGCUACUGUCUUGAAUCGAAGACUAUUGUUUACAGUUCAUGCUAGGCUAUGGGAAGCCAAUUUGAAAGGAUCACUUUAUUUAGAACGUGAGCACUAUUUUAUUUAUUUGCGGACGCAAUUGUAUUUGUAAGCUUUGAAAAAUGUGCACCAGUAAGCACAAUAUUUUGAACUUCAAUUUUGUAAAAUAGGAAGGAUUUAAAACAUUAUUUCUUGUUUAUACGGAGUUCUUUUUCAGAUAGCUUGACUUGAAACAAAGAGUGUGUUGAUUACAAUAAUGCAUGAUUGGAUGUAUAAAAAUAAAAAACAUGUUUUCUAAAUGAGAGCAUUUGAAUUAAAGGUUACUCUUUCCGUGAAAUAGGGAAACGUUUUCUUACGCACAUGAGCCCUUGACGUUCCAAAAGGCAAGCCUGGGAUAGAAUAUAUAUUUUUGUCUUGUAUUAUCAAUGUUUGUUUUUAUAUAGUUUCGCCACUUCACUUCUGCUUCAAUAAAUAUUCCCCAGUUCCCAUA